AUGUCUUUAUACUACGAGGCGGCGGCCCUCCUCGCGAAUCCCGAGAAGACGGGCGGCUCGCUGAAGUCGCGACUGUUCAAGAAGAAGGACCUGAAGAGCUCGCCCGGGCAGCUGUACGCGCUGAUCACCGAGGCCUCGAAAUGGUCUCCGGUGCUCAAGAAUGUCAUUGAGAAGAGCGGAGUGCUUGCGGAGGAGAAGAAGCUCACUCCAAUCCUCGCACUCCUUCUCACACACGACGUCGUGCUCUCGAAGAACGGCGUUGCCGCCGCUGCAAACCACGUCCUGAAACUCGCCAUCAAUCGCCACAAAGCGCGACUGACAGCUGAAUUCACGAAGGCCCGCGUGCGCGCCGGAUUCCCCACCAUCAAUGCCUUCAGAGAGGCCGUCAACAACGGCGAGUUCGAAGAGGAGGACGAAGAUGAAGCCGCGCGAGGCGUCAUACGACACCCACGCUGGGUACGAAUCAACACCCUGACGACGUCACUGAAAGAGCAACUAUCCACGACAUUCGCGGGAUACACCGAGGCGAGCAGUCUCCAGGACAUCCUCUCCUCGCGCGGCUCCGCGAAACUGUACUUCAUCGACGCCCACAUCCCGAACCUCCUCGCACUACCCUCCAAAAUCGACCUAUCAAGGAACGCAGCCUACCUCGCCGGGCAACUCAUAAUGCAAGACAAAGCGUCCUGCUUCCCCGCCUACCUCCUCAACCCAACGCCCGAAGACGGCGACGCGAUUGACGGCUGCGCAGCCCCCGGCAACAAAACCACCCACCUCGCCGCGAUCCUGCACUCACAGCACCACGACGGCCGCCGAGUCUUCGCCUUUGAGCGUGACGCCCUCCGCGCGAAGACGCUCGAGAAAAUGGUGCACACCGCGCUGGCCGACCAAAUCGUGACCGUCAAGGCCGCGCACGACUUCCUCGCGUCGAAGCCCACCGCCGACGAAUUCGCCAACGUUGGCGCCAUCCUCCUCGACCCAAGCUGCUCGGGAAGCGGCAUCGUCGGCCGCGACGACGUCCUCAAAAUCCACCUCCCCAGCACCUCCUCCACCUCAACCCCCACCGCCCGCGGCAGCAACAACAACAAAAAGCGCAAACGCGGAGCCGACAAACCUCAAGACACCACCACCAGCUCACCAACGACCCUCCGCCUCCCCCUCGACAACACCACCAUCCCCGAACAAGAAGAAGAAGAAACUUCCGACACGGAAACCGCAACCGCAAAAACCCUCUCAGACCGCCUAACAGCCCUCUCCACAUUCCAGCUCCGCAUCCUCACACACGCCAUGUCCUUCCCCGCCGCGCGGAAAAUAACCUACUCGACAUGCUCGACGCACUUCGAGGAGAACGAGGGUGUCGUGCUGCGCGCGCUGGCGUGGAAGACGGCGAAGCGGCGGGGGUGGAGGGUGCUGAGGCGGGAGGAGCAGGUUGAGGGGAUGAAGGCGUGGGGGCGGAGGGGGGAGGUCGAGGCGGAGAAGUUGGAGAGGUUGGGGGGGAGGGUGCUGGAUGGGGUGGAGGAUGUGGAGGGCGUGGUGGAGGGGUGUGUUAGGUGCGAGAAGGGGACGGGGGAGGGGACAAUGGGGUUCUUUGUUGCGGCGUUUGUGAGGGAUGAUGGACUUGCUGGCCGUGAAGAUGUCGAUACAUAUCCUCUUCAUGAGACGGACUCGAAGGCUGGAGAAGCACUCGAGGCGGACGACCAAGAAGAUGAGUGGAACGGCUUCAGCGACGACAACGACGAUGUCAAUGUCGAUACAAAGACGACCCCCUCCAGUACCACAGCUCCGCCCACCACAACUCCGUCCACCACCACCAAUCCCACCUCCAACGGCAAUACCAGCAAAAGCAAGAAAAAGAAACGCCGCAACAAAUAGACCACCUCACCCAUCUAUCGUAGAACCAAAAGUAGUAUAUAUCAACGAAACCAAUCUCGCGG